GCAGGACUUUUGCGCAUGCGGGCUCUCGGAGUGCACGGAGUGCCUUUCCGAAGAAGGCUGGAGCCUGCGCAGGCGUACUAGGAAGAGCACCUGGGCCCGGCAAGCCUGUCUUGUUACCAGCAUCCUGAUGGCUCUUUUGAAAAAGUGUUCAGUGUUAUUCCUAACCCAAAUAAGCAGAGCAACCAAUCAGCGGAAUUUCAGCACCAGUGGUAUGUGCAGUGCGAUACAGAAGAUGACCCGUGUACGAGUGGUAGAUAACAGCUCCUUGGGAAACACACCAUAUCACCGGCCACCGAAGUGCAUUCACGUGUACAACAAAACUGGAGUGGGCAAAGUUGGAGAUAAAAUACUUCUGGCUAUCAAAGGAGAAAAGAGGAAGGCCUUAAUUGUGGGUCACAAGAUGCCCGGCCCUCGCAUGACUCCCAGGUUUGAUUCCAACAAUGUAGUACUCAUUGAAGAUAAUGGGAACCCGAUAGGGACAAGAAUUAAAACGCCAAUACCCUCUUUCCUGAGAAAGCGUCAAGGAGAAUUUUCAAAAGUAUUGGCCAUUGCCCAGAACUUUGUAUGAAAUGUCCUUAAAACAUCCUGUCACACUGUACUUCCUUUCCUAUCCUAGAUCUGAGGAAUAAAUACUAAAAUUGAACAGUGGAAGUGUUUCCUCCUGCUUAUAAAGUAAAACCUAUUACUUAAAUAAAA